AGAGAAGAGGAGAAACCAGCCGCAACUGAAAUCUGCCGAGGAGGUUCCUUCAACAUCAAAGUCACAAACACAGGCAGUUGGCUCAGUAUGGUGCUAGCGGAUGAAUAGGGGGUGAGUGCCGCUCUUGCCUCACUCUCUCAACUCCUCCUGUGUGCUUGUGUAUCUCUCUCUGUGUUCUUCACAAACUUGGCUUGGGGCACAGUUGGCCCCACGUAUCAGAUGUAUGCAUCAAGCUUGACUCGAGGACGAAGAGAAUAACAAAACAGGAGGAAAAGGAAAGACAAGACGAGGAUGCACUUGCGAUCUGCACCUGUUCACGUGAAACCACUGUGCUGCCAGAACGUGGCCUGGCUUAAUCCGUUCCCUUGGCCAGUCGUCGCUCUGAACCAGAUCUGCCUCCCCCGUGUCGGCACAUAUGGAAGGAAUUCGCCCAUGCUGGUCUGAGUGCAGUUGUUAACUGUGACAGUGGGGGGCUGCUGCUGCUGCUGCUGCUGCUGCUGCUGCUGCCUCUGCCUCUAGCUCAUUCCGUCUCCAGCUCAGCUCAGAGUGUGGGCUUCACACGUGUGCUCUGGUUUCCCCUCAUGUCCUGGGAAAAGAGGAGCUGUGGGACAGAAGAGAGAGACUACAGAACUGGACAUGCAGAUGACCAGGACUCUUUGGAUGGACAUGUGCUUUUUCUGAAUACAAAUCAAAGACUCUGUUUGGUUAAAGAAAAAAAACAGUGCAUUUUAAAAAAAUGGUGCAUAUAACUUAGCCAUUUGGAGACCUGCCUAAUGUUGCCUUUGUUUUGGAGUCUUGGAGGACUGGAUGGAGAGAGAAGACUACUUUGAUGUGCCUUUGGUACUUCAGACCAGCUCUACAGCUCUAAUUCUAUUGGCUGGAGAGAAGGCUGUAUCUUCCUUAUAACCUGUGUGUCUGAGAGCAGUGUUCUCCCUCCUUUUCCUUCGAAUCCCCCAGAGGCCCCAUUGUCAUCAUUAACGUCUACUGCAUACUGCCUGUGAGUUAUGCAGCAACAGCGGUUUCCAUAGAAAUAAAGGCAGCAGUGAGCGAGAUAAGGAGUGACAGACCUGCUUGCCUGUAGUCUUUAGGAGCUGAUGCGCGGCUGGCUGUGUGGGGAAGAGUGUUGGUAGGAGGAGACGGAGGCAGGCGGGGGGGUUGACGUGUACUUCUGCUCUGAAUGGAUGAAUGAGGAGAGUGAAUGCUCAGUAAAAGGGAGGUUAAGCUCAGGGACACAUGUGCUCCAAACGGCUCCUCGUCGCCACACCGAGACGGAGAAAGACAGGGGAGCAGUGAAAGAGAAGGAGCUGCAGGCUCUCUUGUGUAUGACAUUCAGACUACCUUACAUAGCCAACAGCAGCCGACAGGACAGGACAGAAAACAGACCGCUGUUGAUCAGAGCCUCCCUGCAGUGUUCCUAUAGCUCCUGCUGUGUCUGUUCUUGGAGACGUUCUUGGAGCUGUGUCUGUCACUUUGGACGUUCAUCUAUUCAUUUUUGACAACUGUGGAAUAUUUACAGAGGAGACAAACUGGCUAGUGUUUACCUUCUACAGAGGAAUCUUUGUUGAAGUUUGAGACUUUCAGUAUUUUGCACAAAAGCGUCAACACCAUCAGAGUCCAGGAAAAAAAAGUUUCAUUGAUUGAAUUUCAAAAACAUUGAUUCAAAACAUUUGGAAACCAAAGACAAAGUUCUUUGUUCAUUUCGGUGGUUCGUCAACUUUCUUUGGAAGAGGACCGUGAAAGCACCAAGGACUGAGGCAGAGACACGCACAGAGGAAUACGUGACUGCCAUCUGCUCUGACCUUGUCUGGUCUUACUCUGAAUGCACCAGCCAGCUCUUAGGGAAGCUCACAGUCGCUGACUCAUCUCCGAGUUCUCACUUGGCACCGUGGCCAUUUUGGCUCUUCAGGUUCAUCUCCCCGUUAAUGGCAGGCUGUAGCAGACCUCUGCCACUCCAGUGGAGGAGCUGACAAGUGCCUGCCGGUGUGCCCUUUCUCACAGCCAGAGGUGUUUGGGUUCUCUAAGGGGGUGGUCAAGCAGCCAGUCUUGAGGCAGUGUGAGAGAUUGAGAUAGAGAAAGGGCCAUCAUGGAUGACUCCAGCAUCUUACGGAGAAGAGGCCUCCAGAAGGAGCUGAGCCUGCCCAGAAGAGGAAGCUUAAUCUGGCCGACUGCGCAGCACCGCUGCCAUGGCAACAGCAGCCUCCUCCAGCAGCUGUUGUCCCCCACCUCCCCUCCCUCUUGCAGGGGACCGGAGGAGCCAGCAUCCGCCCCCGUGCUGGGCCUUUCACACGGGGCCAACCCCUUCCCCUGGAGCUGUCGCACGAGCAACCGGAAGAGUCUAAUAGUGACCUCCAGUACCUCACCCACCCUACCGAGGCCCCACUCACCACUGCACGGCCAUCCAGGGAGCAGCCCCUUGGACAGCCCACGUAAUUUCUCUCCCAACGCCGCAGCCCACUUUUCCUUUGUUCCACGCAGUCACGGGCACAGGGCAGACAGGACGGAUGGCCGGCGAUGGUCUCUGGCUUCUUUACCCUCUUCAGGGUAUGGCACCAACACCCCCAGCUCCACAGUCUCGUCAUCAUGUUCAUCCCAGGAGAAGCUGCACCAGCUGCCCUACCAGCCCACGCCGGACGAGCUGCACUUCCUCACCAAGCACUUCAGCUCCGAGAGCAUCACCGACGAGGACGGACGCCGCUCGCCCGCCAUGCGCCCGCGCUCACGCAGCCUCAGCCCCGGUCGCUCCCCCAUCUCGUUUGACCAUGAGAUCGUCAUGAUGAACCAUGUCUAUAAGGAGCGGUUCCCCAAGGCUACCGCUCAGAUGGAGGAGCGUCUGGCGGACUUCAUGGCCUCCAACGCCCCUGAUAGGGUGAUGCCGCUAGCAGACGGGGUCCUGAGCUUCAUCCACCACCAGCUGAUCGAGCUGUCCAGAGACUGCCUGGACAAGUCCCGAGAGGGGCUCAUCACCUCGCGCUACUUCUACGAGCUACAGGAAAACCUGGAGAAGCUGCUUCAGGAUGCUCAUGAGAGGUCGGAGAGUGGGGAGGUGACGUUCGUCACUCAGAUGGUGAAGAAGCUGAUGAUCGUGAUCGCGCGGCCUGCGCGGCUGCUGGAGUGUCUGGAGUUUGACCCAGAGGAGUUCUACCACCUCCUGGAGGCAGCGGAGGGCCAUGCCAAAGAGGGCCAGGGCAUCAAGACCGACAUCCCCCGCUACAUCAUCAGCCAGCUGGGCCUCACCAGGGAUCCCCUGGAGGAAAUGGCCCAGCUGGGCAGCUAUGACAGUGGCCAUCCCGACACUCCAGAGACGGAGGAGACUGAUGGUCGAGGAGCCUCCGUGCAGCCAGCUGUAGCUCCAGUUCAGCAGAAAACCAAAGCCCCUCGGGAGGAGGACUUUGAAAACAUCAAGCUAAUCAGCAAUGGUGCUUAUGGUGUGGUGUUCCUGGUACGGCACAAGGAGACACGUCAGCGCUUUGCAAUGAAGAAGAUCAACAAGCAGAACCUCAUCCUGAGGAACCAAAUCCAGCAGGCCUUUGUGGAGAGGGACAUCCUCACCUUCGCUGAGAACCCGUUUGUUGUGAGCAUGUUCUGCUCCUUUGAGACCAGGCGCCACCUCUGCAUGGUCAUGGAGUAUGUGGAAGGCGGAGACUGCGCCACGCUGCUGAAGCACAUAGGGGCACUGCCAGUGGACAUGGCGCGCAUGUACUUCGCUGAGACCGUGCUGGCGCUGGAGUAUCUGCACAACUAUGGCAUUGUUCAUCGAGACCUCAAACCAGACAAUCUGCUGAUCACCUCACUGGGACACAUCAAACUCACGGACUUCGGACUCUCUAAAAUUGGACUCAUGAGUCUCACGACCAACCUCUAUGAGGGACAUAUAGAGAAAGACGCUCGUGAAUUUCUGGACAAGCAGGUGUGUGGCACUCCAGAGUACAUCGCCCCUGAGGUGAUUCUGAGGCAGGGCUACGGCAAGCCGGUGGACUGGUGGGCCAUGGGGGUCAUUCUGUACGAGUUCCUGGUGGGCUGCGCCCCUUUUUUCGGUGAUACACCUGAAGAGUUGUUUGGACAGGUCAUCAGUGAUGAGAUCAUGUGGCCAGAAGAGGAGGAUGCCCUUCCCCCUGAAGCGGAAGAUCUCAUCUCCAAACUCCUCAGACAGAACCCUUUGGAGAGACUGGGCACAGGGAGUGCAUAUGAGGUGAAGCAGCACCGCUUCUUCACUUACCUGGACUGGAACAGCCUCCUCAGACAGAAGGCUGAAUUCAUCCCUCAGCUGGAGUCAGAGGAUGAUACCAGCUACUUUGACACUCGCACAGACCGGUACCACCAUGUGGACUCUGAAGAGGAGGAGGACACCAACGAUGACGAGCACCUGGAGAUCCGCCAGUUCUCCUCCUGUUCACCGCGCUUCAGCAAGGUGUACAGCAGCAUGGAACGUCUGUCUCUGCACGAGGAGAAGCGCACGCCGCCUCCCACCAAGCGCAGCCUGAGCGAGGAGGGCGGAGAGCGGCUGGACAGCCUCGGUGGCCUCAAGUCCAGAGACCGCAGCUGGCUGGUGGGGUCCCCAGAGAUCCUGCGUAAGCGUCUGUCAGUGUCGGAGUCCUCGCACACGGAGAGCGACUCCAGCCCUCCCCUGACUGUGCGCCGCCGCUGCUGCUCGGCCAUCAUCGAGAUGCCCCGCUUCGCCAUCUCCACCGACGACGAGGGCUCCGGCGGCGGCCGCAAGACCCCCGUGCGGGGCCCCCGCUCCGAGGAGCUGCCCCUGGCCAUCCCCGAGCUGCCCGUGGAGAGGGAGCUCAAGCUGGACGAGUCGCCCACCACGCCAGGGUCCACCUCCAGCCAGCAGAGCCGCGCCACCCUCACACCGGGCAGCUCAGGCGAUGUGUGUGAGCGCGCGUCCCCGCGGCCCUCUGCAGCUGCGGCGGCGGACGCGUCCGAUAGCUCCACCCCCAAAGCCAUCAGCGACCUCGCCGCCCGCCGCGCCCGCCACCGACUGCUCUCCGGCGAGACGGACAAACACACGUCCCGGCCGCUCAACAAGGUCAUCAAGUCGGCCUCCGCCACCACCCUCUCCCUCAUGAUCCCCUCAGACCACCACGGAGCGUCUCCUCUCGCCAGCCCCAUGUCCCCCCACUCGCUCUCGUCCAACCCCUCGUCCCGCGACUCCUCUCCCAGCCGGGACCUGAGCCCGGCCAUCGGCAGCGUCAAACCCGCCAUCAUCAUCCACCGCGCCGGCAAGAAGUACGGCUUCACCCUCCGGGCCAUCCGCGUCUACAUGGGAGACACUGACAUCUACACCGUGCACCAUAUGGUGUGGCACGUGGAGGUAGGAGGUCCAGCCCACGAGGCCGGUCUGCGGGAGGGCGAUCUCAUCACACACGUCAACGGGGAGGCCGUGCACGGUCUCGUCCACACCGAGGUGGUGGAGCUCAUUCUGAAGAGUGGCAGUAAGGUGUCCAUUUCAGCCACGCCCUUUGAGAAUACCUCCAUUAAAGUGGGUCCGGCCCGCAAGACCACGGUCAAGUCCAAAAUGGCGCGCAGGAACAAGAGGACUAAGAACAAGGAAGGCCAGGACAGUUGUGGUGCCGUUGUGCUCCGCAGUAAGAAGAGGAACUCCCUGUUCCGCAAGAUCACCAAGCAGGCGUCCCUGCUGCACACCAGCCGCAGCCUGUCGUCUCUGAACCGCUCGGUGUCGUCAGGAGAGAGCGUCCCGGGCUCGCCCACGCACAACCUCUCGCCCCGCUCGCCCACGCAGGGCUACCGCUCCACGCCCGACUCCUCCCACUCAGUGGGAGGGAACUCAUCCCAGAGCAGCUCCCCCAGCUCCAGCGUGCCAAACUCCCCGGCCAGCUCGGGCCAGAUCCGGCCCAGCUCCCUGCACGGCCUGGCCCCCAAGCUCCAGCGCCAGUACCGCUCGCCGCGCCGCAAGUCGGCCGGGAACAUCCCCCUGUCGCCGCUGGCCCGCACGCCCUCCCCCACCCCCCAGAGCACCUCCCCCCAGCGCUCGCCCUCUCCCCUCUCCGCGCACCCCCACCUGGGCCAGUCCUUCCCCGUCAAGCUGCACUCGUCGCCGCCGCUGAUGCGCCACAUCGCCCGGCCCAAGAGCGCCGACCCGCCGCGCUCGCCCCUCCUCAAGCGCGUGCAGUCGGCCGAGAAGCUGGCCGCCUCGCUCUCGUCCUCCUCCCUGUGCGCCUCCUCCUCGUCCUCCUCCUCCUCCUGCUCCUCCUCCUCCGCCGCCGCCGCCUCGGGCCCCUCCGCCUCGUGCGGCACGUCCGGCGUUGUGAUGCGCAAGCACAGCCUGGACAUCGGCCACGCGGACUUCAAGAAGGAGCUGCUGCCCGCGGAGAAGGGCGGCCUGCAGAAGCACUCGGCCCGCAAGCUGGGCCGGCAGGAGGUGAGCGACGGCGCCGGGGCCCUGGGGCUGGCGCCCGGCAAGAGCAAGCUGAAGGACAAGCUGUCCGCCAUCCGCCAGGACCGCGCCGAGCGCCGCGAGUCGCUCCAGAAGCAGGACGCCAUCCACGAGGUGGACUCGUCCGAGGACGAGACGGACGAGGGCUCGGAGGACAGCCAGGAGGGCCGCCGGCAGACCUACGUCACCCCCAGCACCUGCCUGCUGCGCCCCGCCACGGUCACGGCGGCCGCGCCCUCCACCUCCUCGGCCCUCCGCCUGGGCCCCGGCCCCGCUGCGCCCCCGACUCUGGGCAUCACGCAGUCCGGCUCCCCAAAGCUCCGCGCAGGCCCGGCGCCAGGACACGCCCAGCCCACGCCCGUGGGAAAGCCAGCGGCGUCCGACCCCAAGGCCGCUCCGUCUCCGUCUGCAUCUCCUGCUCCGGGCUCCGUCAGCAGCUCGUCCAAAGCAGAGGAUGCUGGGAGGAUGGUGGCCGCGUCUGGCCCCUCCACCCCUCGCCAGAGCGCCCCUCCACCCAGUAUCUUCUCCACCCCCGGCUCCGCGUUCACCUCCCUCGCCAGAGAUCCCUUCCUGAAGCCGGCGGACCCGCGGCCCAGGUCCAGCCCCACCCUGCGGAGGGCGCCGGAGCCCAGGACGCCACCCACGUCGCCCUGCACCCCGCGCGACUCCCCGACCCCCUCGCCCUCCGGAGGCAUCACCAAGGAGAUGAAGGAGGCGGACAACCGCCGGCAGGCCAUGAGCGUCGCCGCCGCCGCCGCCUCCGCCGCGUCCACCGCCGUGUCCGAGAGCGGGGUGGACCGGAUGGUGUCUCAGCUGGCCACCGUGGCCAAGAGCGUGCUGGGCCCGGUCAAGCUGAGCAUGCCCGGGUCCAGGGAGAGCGCCUCGGCCGACCCAAAGAGCAAAGACCCAAAACUGGAGCGCCAGGAUUCAGCGCCGAUAGCUGCGGCCGCCUCCUCCUCCUCCACGUCCUCCCUGACGGCCCCCGGCCUCUCCGGCUCCCCCGCCAGAGCGCCCCCCUCCCGGCCCUGCGCCCCGAGCAGCGCCCCUGGGCAGGAGAGUCAGGACAGGUCGGGGUCCGGGCCCACGCACAGCGGCCCCUCUCUGAGGUCCAAGCCCGAGGCCAAAGGCAGCACUACGCCACAAGACAAAGCCAACAAGAAGACAUAGCAGCCCCCUCUGCCCUCCCCUCCACUAGAGACUGUCAAGGACUUUUGACUCACGUGCAUGUUGGAACCCAACAUUACAGACUUUUACCAUACACUAAUCUGAAAAGUAAAUAAGGAUAUAUAAUAAGUGAUAAAACAUAACAGCUCCAUUCCUUGUCCAGUGUUGCGUAUAUCCAGUUUGAAUGAACCAUUCUCUGUGUCAGACCCCUCUCUCUCCCCUACAGUACGUGCUUUUUGUUUUUAAUUUGAUAUUUGGGUUCUUUUGUCUUUUCUCUACAAAACAAUGGGGCUAGAAAUAAGCUGAAUGCUGUAAAAUAUUCAGACAUAGACAUACACACUCACAUAUACACUUGAACCAUAGGGACACAAUCUGAGGCCAUGUUUUUACUCUAACAGAUCUGGUUGUGCCUUACAGAAAAUAUGAUAGUUGCUGUUCAUCUGCAUGUCAACCUACCUGUGAUCUCUACAGGGGUUUAAAGGAUGUAUCUCAGCAAUAAAGUAGCGUAUGCUUAGCAAUUUGUACAAACACAUCACAUGAGCACCAUCUGCAUCAGCUACUUGGCAAAACAAACGCAUAUCCCAGCAUCCUUUGCUCACAUACUGUGACCAUAGAGUCUGUAAGUGGAGCGCUCCUCGUGCGUCACCUUGCCAGCUGUGCUUCACCUGCACUCCGUAGUUCAGUCCUCCAUUCUCUUCUCGAAAGGCUUCUCGUUUUAUCAGUUAGUGUCUGUAAGCCAAUAUGAAUGUGUACUGGUAACGUCCUAGGAUAGAUUAGCAGUAUCUCGGCAUGAUAAAAAAAAAAAUAAUAAUAAUACCUCUUUGUGUGUGUGAGUGUGUCUGUGUGAUUUAAGUUUAUCAAUUGAAUUUGCCAGUGUUGCACAUGAGAUUUUGUUGUGAAGUUUGUGCAUAGAAAAAUCACUACAGCACCAUCAUAUGUUAACAUGUGAAUAGGCCUGCUGAGCAUAUUUGUAUACUGAUGUAGUUAGUAGUCUAAUAAAACUAAACAUACCUAGUCUAGUUGUAAGAGGAGCAUCAUCAUCUGUAUAAAGGAAACACAGUUAAAGUCCUACUCUCCACAUCACACUUCAGCUGCUCGCCUCUCGAACCUAUUAAAGUGACCAGACUGUACUGACAUCUCAACCCCUCAGGCUUCUUAAUUGUAACACUCGUGGGUGAAAACUGGAAGAAAAAUCGUACACACCUCAUGAGGCUUUAGCGCCACGGUUUGGGACUCUGUGUCCGAGAGGCGCACCAGUAGACCACUAGCUUCAUUUCUAGCCCCUUCUGUCUCCUGCGUUCACUUUUGUUUUUUGCGCUUUUUGUUUUGCAAUGAGAUCAGCCCAAUGUUUUUAGCUCUGGACCAAUUUGCUGUGUUUUCACUGUAUCUGUGUUGCCUCUGAUCUGAUCAGAUCACCUGACUAUCUGCUCUGUGCGAAUGUGUUGUGUGUGUGUACAUAGGCGGUUGAGGCGAUUGUGUGUGUGUAUAUAUAAAUGAAUAUGUAAAAAUCUUUUCCGUGUUUUAUACGCUGCAGUAUUGAGAGUGUGUGUCUGUAAACUAAUUUAGCCUCUGUGUGUGUGUUGCACCUGUGCUGUCCAAUCCUGCCCUUUGUGAAGAGCUGGGUCGGAGGGCAGCUUUGCACAAAAAAAACACCCCCCCUCUUUUCUUUUUUAAUUUUUGGUUUGUGUGUAUGUAUUCUUUUCUCCUUUUCAAGUGAAACAAUAAAUUGGCCAAUCAGACCCUAUCCCUCUGAGGUGUUGACCAAUCCCUAGGGCUCUUGGGGUGUCGUGCACCUCAGCUGUUACCUUCGAGCCCUUAAAGGCUCCCCUUAAUUCUAAUUCUGUGGUAUAUCCCGUCAUGUGUUUUUGUAUGUCGUUAAACUAUUGUUUUAAAAUGACACAGCCAGACUCUCCCCCUUUCUCAUCGUUGUCUCCAAGCCACCAUGAGGAUACUCGCUCUAGCAGUGUCCUCCACCCACUCACUGUUCAGCUUGCAAGGGCAUGUUGCUACAGUCUGGAGGCGGGUGUGUGCAUUGUGUUUACAUAUCUUUACCUCAGAAUAAGCCACUAACUUGAGCCACAUUGCAGUGCCAAUCACCAUGGCUGCUCACUCUUGACCUGGCCGUGGUGUUUAAGCCCAUCUAAGCCACACACGCUAGCAGUUCAGUGAGUGCUUUUACUGACUUGUGCUCAUGGGUAGCAUACACUUCAUGUGGAUCUACAUGCAAGUCCAUCGUGUCUGAUUACUCUCGCAUAAGAAUAGAACAGGGCACUGAGAGAAGGUUAAAAGUGAUGCUCGAACCCUCCCCAACCCAUCAAGUUAAAGUUGGUGAUGCAAAAGAAAAACGUUCUGUGAUCAAUAGGUCUCCCUUUUGUUUGGUCUAUUUCGGAUUCCUUCAGUCUGUACAACCCUUCAGGCUCCCCAACAAAAAAAAAAUCUGUUGCUACAGCAACCCUUUUGAUGAGGCUAAGAAUUUUAAGAAUGUAUCAAAUUAUAUGUUAUGGGUAGUUGGUGUAUAAUGUCAUUUACGUUAACCCUGUUCCAGAGCCUUCAUUAGAUUUAUUUUUGAAAAUGCACUGAGAUGCACAGCAGUUGAUCUUGUGCUGUUUUGAGAAGAACCUCACAGUGUGAUGGAUCAUUGUUAUUUUGAGAGUGGCAGGGCGAACAGAUAAUCCCCAAACAAAAUAUGUAAGAAUCAUUCCAUCUGUGGUACUGUGGUCAUCGUCAGCCUUUCCGUUCUCUGCCAGGAGACAAGUAAAACUGUAGUGGAUCUUCAACAAAAAAAAAAGAGUUCUAUGUGGAGCAAGAAUGUAUAUGUUUACAGAUGGUAGCGCAGUGUGUGUCGUUAGGGUAUGUUGUUUCUCUGGAAGUCGCUCUCUGGCACGUCUGCCUCUCUUUCUCUCUAAUCAGUGGGUGUCUGCAGCCUUCAGCCUCGCAUCUCUGUCUGACAUUGAAAUGUCAUUUCUCACCAGUUGUGUUGGACACAUACACACACACACACACACACACACACAUACACACACGUGUAAUGACUGUUCUGCCAUCAGUUCUAGAGAGGACUGGUGUGUCGGUAACCUCUGUCCCCAACUCGUCAUUAAUCUACAGCCACUGCCCUGUUGACCACAUAGCUGUCAGUCUUCAAACAGCCACUAAACACAAGCUCAGAUCAAAUCACACAGGUCCAGAUCCUAUAGCACACACAAAACACACACAAUGAACCACACUUAUCGACUGGAAAUAUUUUGAUUAGGAUGCUAGGAUUUCGAAUCGGCAUCUCUAAAUUCCUCCUCUCAGUUGAACGUGAUGUACUUAAGUCUUUGUCGCUCACGUUACUCGCACACCCACUGCUCACACAAGACACAUAUUAGCAUUGCACUCCCAUCAGUUCAGAUCAAGGUGUGUGUGUGUGUGUGUGUGUGGUCUCCUUUCUGUGUGCUUUCUUGUGCCCACAGCCGAUUACUGAGCCAGUGUUGGGGGCGUUGACCUCGGUCACACAGCUGAUGGCUGGUACGGAGUGAACUGACACUUGUGGGCAGUGAGUGUGGAAGAGACAUUCCACUGGUGUCUAAGCAGGAUGCCUGAUCCUCACUCUGUGUAUAGUAGCCUGUGUUUAUCAUGAUGGUAUUAAGGGAAGGGUGGCAGUAGAGUGGUGUACGACAGACAUGAGUUUUUUGGGGGGAAGAGGAUAUAAUGCUAGAGUAACCAGUGCAAUAUCUUUUAAUUUUCUAUUGUGGUAUAAGCAUGUUUGUUGUCAUUCUUUUCCUUAGAAGUAAUAAAGUUUUUAUGUAAAAAGUC